CAAAGACAAUACUGACGCCACCAUUCACAGAGAGAGUGUUUGAGAGGAGGGAGGGAGGAAGAGAGGACAGAAAGACUGAUAGAGGAGGAGGGAGAAAAAGAGAAAAAAUAGAGAGGUAGAGAGAGAGAGAGGUAAAGAGAGUCAGGUGUAGCAGAACAGGUAUAGAGACACAGAUACACCCAGAGGUAGGCAGGUAGGAACUGUACGCAGGAACAUAGGCCUGUAACAGGUGGGCAAGGCAGCAAUCUGGGAUCUCUGUCAUCUCUGGUGACCCACUAUACAUAAAAGAAGCUUAGCGGAGGGAGAGAAGAGGCUGAAACUGAAGAAGGGUCAGCUGAAAAAAAGACACUGCCAACCAUAAAGGACUGAAAGACUGGAGGAAACGGGAAGUGACUAAAGAGUGUUUCAGUUCAGGACUCACAGACCCUGAACAAUCCAAAGGGAUUGCCAAUAGAGUAGAUAGGGACUGUGAGAGACAGAGGCGUGCGAACGUCAGACUUUCUAAGGACUCUGACUGACAACAACCAGCAAGCAGCUAGAGAGACCGUGUGUUCUCUCCUCUGCCCCCUCUAACAUGGUCUCUCUGGGGAUCCAGAUGCUGGGCAGCGCCCUGAGCCUGCUGGGCUGGGUGGGGGUCAUCCUGACCUGCAUCCUGCCCAUGUGGAGGGUCACGGCCUUCAUUGGAGCCACCAUCAUCACGUCUCAGACCAUCUGGGAGGGUAUCUGGAUGAGCUGCGUGGUCGAGAGUACGGGCCAGAUGCAGUGUAAACCAUACGACUCCCUCCUGGCCCUGUCCUCCGACCUCCAAGCCGCCAGAGCGCUCACCGUCCUCGCCAUCGCCACGGGCACCGCCGGGCUCCUACUGGCCUUCGUCGGGGGGAAGUGCACUCGGUUUCUGGAUGAGCAAAGGGGCGGGGUCAAAGAACGGGUUGCCGUGACAGCGGGCGCGGUGUUGAUCGCCACGGGGGUGCUGUGCCUGAUCCCCACUUCGUGGGCUGCUGGGGCGGUGGUGCAGGGGUUCUACAGCUCCACCACCGAUGCCCAGCGGAGGGAGAUCGGGGCGUGUCUAUACAUCGGCUGGGGGGCAUCCAUCCUUCUCAUCCUGGGAGGGGGGCUGUUCAUCAGCUCCUCCUGCCCCCUCACGGCCCACGAUGAGGAUAAGAGCCCCUCUGUUCGCUACCUGGUGGUUCGCUCUUCCAACGGAGCCACCUCCAGCCAGGCAGCAGCCUCCCAGCACAGCAGGGGACCGUCCACAAAGUCCCAGGCCAACGGCAAAAUGGCCUUUACCAGGUCUCACAGCAGCCAGGCAGCAUCUGCCAAGUCUCAGCCCUGGGGAGUGGUGAAAACCAGGCCUCCCUGGGAGGAGUACGGGCUAGGUAUGGUAGAGCAGGACUACAUGCCGGGGUCUGGGGGGAGUAAGGCACCGUCUACAAAGUCUCAGUUGAAAAGACUGGAGUCUCAGGAGAGUUUAGCAGACAAGUCUUCACCCAGUGAGGAUGAAUCCUUAAACCCAACUAAGACCUAUCUCUGAGACCACACACACACACACACACACACACACACACACACACACACACACACACACACACACACACACACACACCACACACACACACACACACACACACACACACACACACACACACACACACACACACACACACACACACACACACACAGAGAGAGAGCAUGGUUUAUGGAAAAUAUGGAUAUUAAAUAUGCCUUGUUUACUUGUUUAUUUGUUUUGUGUGUGAAAAGUGAUAUUAGACAUUUGAAUAUUUGCUGAAGGAUAUAACUGGCACUGAAAGUUAGGUUUUCUUUUUAUUAGUUGGGUUUGUUUAUGACAUGUAAAAGCUGUUCCAUGUUUUGUUGCUGUAAUAAUGUAUGUAAAGAAAAGUCUACUUCCCUUGAUGUGAAUAUGUUUUCAGUCCCUUUAACAAUGACCAGACAUAUACAGUAAGACUAUUGAUUAGUGUUUAUAUGAAGCUUCUUGGUUCUGCAGUUUGUUUUCGUAGCAUCAUUUUGACACAUUUAAAAAUACCAUUUCCUUUUCAUGUAGCUCUUUUACGUGACAAAACUCAGAAUUAGUUCAAUAUGAAUUAGUAUGUGACCAGCUACACUAUGGAAAGCCCCAGCCGGGACAAACCAGUUUGACAGAGAGUGAGUUGAGGCUGAGCUCACACCAAUGGUUUGCAUUGUGUUAGGGAGCGAUAAAAUGGGGUGUUCCGAAUGGCACCCUAUUGCCUAUACAGUGCACUACUUUUGACCAGGGCUCAUAGGGAAUAGGUUGCAAUUUGGGAUACACACCGUGAUGUUCGUGAAGGAUUCAAAUGUGAGUUUCACCAGAUCACGGACAUGUGACGUCUGGGUUUUGUUUAUUAAAAUGCAGAUGUUUUCCUGUUUACCCAGAACAAGUAUAUCUCUACCAUGAGGUGAGGAUCAAAUGUACUGUCAGCCUACAUGCUUCUAGCCUACUAAACCCAAUGUAACAAACACAAGCUCUGUUUUGCCAAAUUAGGAUGACAAUGCAGGUUUGAGCUCCCUCUGGUGUCUGGAUGGGUUUGUACAUGAACACAGUAAACACAGUAACUCUCAUUGACUAAAGGGUAUAUAUUAAUGAGCAGGAGAAAACCCUCAGGCCCCAAGGACUGAAUGUACAAUAUGAAUAAAUGUUUGGAACCA